AUGCAAAAGCUUUCGAAAAAUGUUUGCCGCAAGGUCAUCAUCGGCGGAGAAAAGAGUAACUCUCACAGGGUAAUCACCACAGCCGCAGGGCUCGCCAUAAUUCCUACCACUUUAAAAAGUAUAAUAUGGACAAAGAGCGGCCCCACCGGAACAGACCGCAAAGCGUAUACCUUGCUCAGAGAUUACAUGGUGGAAAGAAACCACGAAGGUAAACAAAAUAGCGCCCUUUACAAUCGCAAUGAAAACAACGACUUUAUCGAAAGUAAUGGUCCUGGGAGGAGGGAAAUUUUACACCAUCGAAAAGAUGCCAUAGACAUUGUUCAUAUGGACCGGGACAUAUACACAUCGCUGAAAAAUGUGUUUUCCCUAAUUGAUAGUAUAAAUACGCAAGUGGUGCAAAAUGGAUUAGCGAUCAAUACACAAAGUGGCACCCCCACCAGAAAUGGGAUACUGCAAACUAGAGCACUCAUAAAUGAGAAGGAGUACCUCUUCUGUGUAGAACUGGGAGAAGAUAGCACAGUCGGAAAUGCACAUCUGAGGAGAAAUAUCUGUCCAGAAAAAUUCACCCGUUAUGAUGAUGAAGAUCUUCUUCAUUUGAAAAGAGAAAUUCAAGGCGUCGAUUUUUUUGCCUUAUCUGCUCUACUCCGCAUAUACCAGAAAAUCGUCAGAAAAAAAUAUAACCCCCAUGAAGGUAACCCUUCCAGAGUACCUUUUCCAUUCAACAGGUUGGAGAUGUUCAUCCUUCAAACGGUAUGCUCACACAUUGAUAAUCUACUUCAACGGAAGAACAACCGAAAAGAUGAUGCUCUGGGCAAUCAUCUACAAGAAAGUCCAAGAAGCAAGGCUCCCUUCCGUGCCAUAUACUGGGAAGUAUUAAACAUUUUACAAACCCUUAUACACAACAAAGGGGAGUACAUUGACUUCAUAAAUAGAGUGCUAUAUACACAGUUUCAACUUGUGGAUAAGCACAAGCAUCAUUAUAACUAUGCCUUCUCCGUUGCUCUCCUUCCUGUUAUUAAUGAAGUACUCCUAUAUCAGUCAACUGGGUUAGGGUCACCUCCAACUGAGGAGGGAAACUCCUCUCCCUCUGCGUUAUUUGCAACCAUAGGUGGGAAGCCCCUUCACAUGCAGAAGGAAGCCUUUACAUGCGAAUACAUCGAGGAGAACUACCGAAAAAUAAAUCUACCUGCAAACAAGAGUGACUCCCCAACGGAUGAUGAACCGAGUAGAGAUAUAGAUACCCCGCAGAAUUCUGGAGAAGAUCAACUUUCAGCGGAAGGAAGACAAAGUUGUGCAGAUAUCUUCUGUUCCCCUCUGAAGAGCGUCCGAAAUGAGUUUAACCCCCCUACGGAUGGUGCGAACAUUUCUCACUUGCAACAGUAUAGCAUUUCCCUACUCAGCAUAAUUGCCAAAAAGAUAAAGUAUAUGGAAAAGAGGAACCAUAUCCAUGAUUUAGGCCUCAUACUUGAGGGUGUUAACACCCUUCUGCAUGUGAGAAGCAUCUGUGGGGAACAUCUCUGCAUCUUGAUAAACCCAAGGGUUGAAUUUUUAAAGGACGUCAUUUCCAAGGAUAAAGACAACAGCACCGGAGUUAGCCAGGAGAUGUACAUCCUUCUCUUUCUCGACUAUAUUUUUAAUUUUUUAAAAAAUUUUAAAUUUGGUUCCAAGUCUAUCCAUUGGAUGAUAAAAAAGGGAGAAUACCUUGAGGACUACUUUGUUAAAAUUCUCUGUCUUUCCAGCAGUAUUAGGCAGAUACUAACAAGUGGGAGAAGAAGUAGUGACAGCAGGGGUGGCCCCCACCAUCAUGGACCCAAUGUUGUGUGCACCAGUGAUGCGCCACUCUAUCGAGACCAAGCCUCAAAAGUAAUCAGUAGAGUAAAUAAAAACAUCGGUCUGCUGAUCAGUGAGGCAAUUUUAAGUGCCCCCAAUUAUGGUUUGCCCACUCGUUUGGAAAGUAACCACAUACUCAACGCCUACAUGGCUUACCUACUCAAUGACGUCUACCUGCAAAACAACAGCGAAAUGAAAAAAAUAAUUCUUUCACAUUUCGUGAAGAAGAAUGAAUUGUUACAUUGGGUGAGUCAACCAUGUGAGGGGAAAAUUUACCUGGAAUAUAUCACACUCUACAAUUUUGUGAAAAUUUUCAAAGGGAACAUUAACCAAUCGGAAAGGAAGGACGCAGAGAGGGUAGAGACGGCAGAAAGGGAAAGCGAAAAUUUUGUGGAGAAAAUUUUCCCCCUUUUUCGUACUUUCCUGGAGAACUGCAUAAAAAUGAAUGGCGGAGAAAAUGACGCAACAGAAAUGUCGCUUGAUCACCAGAUGAAGCAACUCCUGCAUGGAUUAAACAAACUGUGCUACUUCUACGUUCUGUGCAAAAGGCAUAUAACAAAUUCCAAUUUCGUGGCACUUGCAAAUUGUAAUUUCUACGUUGCAUUUUCGAUAAUUAAUUGGCACAUUGAAAAAUGCCUGAACAGGUCAGAACUUUUUUUACCCCAUUUUGUCAACAUGUGUGUAGAGAAAAUAUCCGUCAUUGUGGGGACGCUCAAAUGUUUCGGCCUACCAGCGGAGGAAGACUUGGCCAAUUGCCUCUCCAAAUUUAUCACGCUGACGCAUGUGUGCAUGACUGAAGAGAACAAGAAGAAUCUCCUUUUUUAUGUUUUGCCCUAUGUGCAGCGUGCGAAAAAAGACGUUGGAAAAUUGGAAACUCUUUUAGUGGGUACCGAAGUUUCUUCACCCGGUGAUCCAGAAGGGAAAAAUGAGUGUAUCCCUGCAGAGGAAAGUCCAACCAUAUGUGAGGAUGCGGAGCGGAUAGGCAACGUGCAUUGUGAAAAAAAAGCGUCUGUUGAUAUGAACUUUGAAAAAAAAACGUCUGAUGACACCCCCUUACCCACCCAUCAAAACCUGCAUCACAUGGAAAAGCGCAUAGAGGAAAUACUAGCCAUAUACGAGGAAAAACAAAUUUUCCCUAUCGACAGUAAGAAGAUGUAUGAACUGCUACACGAACUGCAGCACGAACAUAUCAGGGGAAGCCUCCUACUUAGGAAGGAAAAUCAAAUCCUGAGAAAUAAGUUAAAUUAUAUUUUCUUCAAUUUUGAUUCCUUCAUUAAGGCACAUAUUACCCAAGUAGUUGCAGAACAGGAGUGGGUUGUUGCCCACCAUGAUGAGGAGGAGCAAUUAGCUGAGUCGGGAAAAAAUCUCGCGAGUGUUGAACUCCAUCCCGCGGUUGACAUGCUUGGAAAAGAUACCGAGGAGGGAGACAACUCCAUUGGAGGAGUAUCCGCAAAAAAUGUUAAAGAAACUGUUCCGGGAGGAGAUCAUCCAGAUGGACAACCCAAACUAGGACUACACUUUGACUACGGACACGUCAGUGCCAAAAAUGAAUACUUUCGACAACUACAAAAAUACGAACGAGAAGAUUACAAAAAAAUUAACAACGUUCUGAUAAACAUGUACCUUUGCAAUCCGUACAUAUACUCCAAAAGCAAAGAUGUUGUUGUUUCCAGUGGUAAAUCUCCAAAAAAAGUAAUUAUAUUGCCACAGGACACGUAUCGAAACAUACACAAGUUGGCCGUUGCCCGUGAAAGCAGCGACGGGCUCAAAAUACUCAGGCGUGUUCACAAUUCGGUAUACCUAUUCUUCAUCCGGGUGAAGUUUUUUUUCAGCAGAUUAAAUUAA